AUGCCACUCCAACUCUGCGAUAUCGAUGUGCAGCUAUGCCGAGACUACCAAUAUUUUCGGCCAAAGCAGAGGGCUUGUUUACCGAAACCCUUCUUCCGCGCCAAGAAACGAAAGCGUGAGGCCGUGUGCAGCAACUGGACAGCUUCUGGCACCCUACCAGAAGAGCAGGAAAAGUUGAGAAGCUUAUGCGAUGAAAUGCCGGAAAUGCACCGACAUGCCACUUGCGAAGAGACUUGCGUCGAGCGAGUCACUCAUGAUGCAAGAGCACCUCAUGACAUGCUCAUGGGAAGGUGUGCAGCUGAGAUAGAAGAGAGGGGAUUUGUACUUCCAGCGGGGAGCGCAUGGUUGCAGGACGACGUUUUCUCCGGCAACCGCAUCUUGGAGCUCUGCCCAGAGAGCGGCUUCGAGGUGGUGGUCUUGGAUCCACCAUGGGAGAGCAAGAGCAGAGGUGUCCGGUACAAGUGCUGCCAAUCUCAGCAGUUGUUGCAGUUGCCCAUGGAAAAGCUGCUUGCGUCUGAGGCCAUGGUGGCCGUUUGGGUUACCAAUGACCCCAAGAAGCAGGCGUUUGUCUUAGAUGAGCUCUUUCCUGCUUGGAGCCUGCGUUUCUCUGGUUGUUGGACCUGGAUCAAGGUGACCAAUGAAGGGGAGCCUUUGCUGCCUUUCGGCGAACGUCCACGUUUGCCCUUUGAGAAAGUUCUGGUGGGAAGGAAGAGUGCCGCAGAAGCAGAGAGCGAGGAGCGAAAAGAUCAAGUUUUCGCAGCAGUCCCUGUCAUCAUAGCCAGAAGCCCUUUUUGGACGAAUUGCUGCCAAAGAGCCAGUCCAAAUUGGAGAUCUUCGCAAGAAACCUUCGGCCUCACUGGACCAGUUGGGGAUGUCCUGGGAAUCCUGGUGAAUGGAUUGGCCGACACCCCUGAUGUGGCGGAGUAUUUGAUGCAGUGCGUGUGCAGCGAUCAGCUCAACAUCCAACUUAAAGGCGUGCUAUGCAUCAAGCAUAUCGCGUCAGAGGAUGUGACCUUCCAAAACUAUCUUUUGUCGUGUCCUGGAGCGUUGAAGAUUAUGGAUGACAUUGCGGCCCCUCCCAUUGUGCCCCAGGCACGUGCCAUCGAACCUCAAGAGGUCAGAACUGUGCGCGAUGCAACGAAGUCUGCGCUGGAAGCAAUCCGGACACCACAUAGCGUGGAGAAGUCCACAGCAGGUGCAUCGUUGAAGGCUAGGUGCCAGGGCUUCGGCAAUUUUGAGCCGCCACCAGAGGAAGAGCCUACCAAGAAGGCAGGCGUUGCUGGCCAGGCUGCAGAAUUUGUCGCCGAUUCCAUUGGUGACAUGGUGGAUGACUUUAAAGAGAAGGGUGCGGUUGGCGCAUUGAAGGAUGCCACCAUUGACGCGCUGGAUUUGGUACUUGAUGGCGUUGAUACCAUUUGGGGCUGGGUGGCCGGUUCAAAGGAGGCGGGCCCAGAGCGGAGUGGGAAGUCGGGAAGUUUUCCCAAGACCGCAUCGGAUCAUAUCGGGUCCAUCCGAUCGUGUUCUGGGACAUGA